AUGGGAACGGACCUGCGCGAAGCACAGCGCUGCCGACGAGCUGCAAACUGUCCCCUCGCCACCGCCUUUCGUUUGGGGGCCCAGCGAGCAAUAAGACGCAUGCUGCACCGUAGCAGCAUCAGCAGCAGCAGCAGCAGCAGCAGCGGCAGCGGCAGCAGCGCCGCGGAUGGCGCAACUGGAACCUCGAACGGCACUACCCAUGCCGAGCAGCAGCAGCAGCAGCAGCAGCAGCAGCAUUGUCUGUUUGUGGGUGUAGGGGACUGCAGCACUCUGCUGGCUGCUGCUCGUAUGAACGCAGCAGAGCAAAGACAACGGGGGUCUGCGGCGCCUCCUUUGUCUUUCUCUGCUGUCCCUCUCUUCUCAUCUGCUGCACUGUUAGCGACGUACGCAGCAGUGCUGAGGGCGGAGGGAGCCAUGGACGCCGCGCGCAUCUUGCCUAUCAGCCCCUACCUUCUGCAGAUGCAGCAGCAACAGGAGCAACCGCAGCAGCAGCAGCAGCAGCAGCAACAGGCUACCGUUGAGCAAGAGCGGGAGGACACGGGCGAGAAGCGGGGGCCAGAAGAGGUGGUGAUAGAUGCGGGUGCUGCUGCUGCUUUUGAUGGGCCGCAGAGCAGCAGCAGCACCAGCAGCAACAGCAGCACCAGCACCAGCACCAGCUGCAGCAGCAGCAGCAGCAGCAGCAGCAGCAGCAGGAAGCCUGCUCCUUUGCUGCUGCAGCAACCUUUUUCGUGUGUUGUUAUAGAUCCGCUGCUGUUUGAGGUGGGGUUGCUGGGGCGGCAGCUGCUGCCCAUCAGCCGGCAUCUCCGCUCCCUCUGCAUACCGCAGCCUCUUGUGUUUCCAUCGAGCCGAAGAAUUCUGUUUGGGUGGUUGGGGUUUAGGUUCGUGAAGGUUUGGAUCCAGGCGUUCGAGGUUCGGCUGCCACGCCUUCAGCCGCUUAGUCCUGCAGCAGCUGCAGCAGAAGCAGCAGCAACAGCAGCAUCAACAGCAGCAGCAGCAGCAGCAGCAGCAGAGAAGUUAGGAGAAUUUGAUUUAUCUCAUUUGGAGGCAGCAGCGCGCUGGACGGCGCAUGCAGAUUCGGUUGCGUUGCAGCUGUGUCCCAGUGAGAGAGAAGAAGCAGAAGCAGCAGCAGCAGCAGCAGCAGCAACAGCAGCAGCAGGUGCUGCUGCAGCCCCUGCGCACCAUGUCUAUGGAGAUGUGUGUACACCGCGCACAGAGGCCAAGGCGGCGCUGACCUUCCGCUUUGACGGCCCCUUGGAUAGCCUAGACCAGGACCUUCCGCUGCAGCAGGCAGCAGAAAUACAUCUACAGGGGAUCGGCAGCCCGGGGGUGGUGAACGCCUUCGCUGUUUGGCUGGAGUUCUUCGAGCAGAACAACCAAGAGACAGCUGCAGCAGCAGCAGCAACACAUGCAGCAGCAGCAGCAACGGGAGCUGCCGCCUUCACUUACACCGGCCAGCAACAGCAGCAGCAACAGCAGCAGCAACAGCAGCAGCAACAGCAGCAACAGCGGUGCUUCUUCUCCACCUCUCCCCAUAGGGAAACAGCCGAUGUCGCCUCCCUUGCAACACCAGCAACAGCUGCAGCAGCAGCACCAGCACCAGCAGCAACAGCAGCAGCAGCAGCAGCAGCAACAGCAACAGACGGAAAGUACAGAGGGAAACGGCAUGUGAAGCAGAGCCUCUUUUGGGUCUCUCCUGUCUCGCUUCGGCCUGGAGAGGGCCUCCGCGUUCAGGUGCUGCACACGCCGACGAAGCUAUCUCUCAGCAUUCUGGAUACUGCCGAUCCCUCGGGCUCCCCCAAAACAGCAGCAACAGCAACAGCAGCAGCACCAGCAGCAACAGCAACAACAGCAGCAGCAGCAGCAGCAGCGGCGCGUCGGCCGUCGGCUGCUGCUGAGCAACGACGGGCUGUGGCCCCUCAUCAGCUGGACUUGGCCCGCGAUCCCGUCUUGGUUCGCUUGCUGCAGCGUGCGCUGCUGCAGCAGCUGCAGGGUCAGAUAAAGGUAUUCGAUAGAACCGUAAAGCGGCGUCUGCGGCUGCUGCAGGCUGCUGCUGCAUCUCCCGUGGGGGCCCCCAAGGGCCCCCAGCAGCAGCUGGCGGAAGCGGUGGAGCGGUCUCCUCCUGUGUCUGUGUUGUGCAGCAGCGGCUGCGUGCUGCUGCCACUGCUCGCGCUGCAGGCAGCAGCUGCUGCUUUCUGCUGCGCAGCAGAGAUGAGGGAGGUGAGGACCUGUGGGGCUCCGCUGCCGCUGAAGCUGUUUGCUGCUGAGCCCCUCUCGGGGGCCUUCGAGCUGAUGAAGAAGCUGUUGCUCUCCAACGCCGAGCAAACCCUCGGGCCCCUACAGCCGAAGCCUGAAGAGCGAGCAGAGGCUGCAGGCGGCUGGCGAUCGUUCAAGGAGCUAAACUCAGCAGCACCAGCGGGGCAGCAGCAGCAGCAGCAGCAACAGCAGCAGCAGCAGCAGCAGCUUGCUGACUCCAGCAAGGCCAGUGAAGCCGCACUGCUGCAACGAGCGAAGCUGAAAGAAGCGGUUGUGGCCAAGCAGACGCCGCUCUUCUCUUUCUUACCCCCAGAAGAAGCUGAAGACACGACGGCCCUUCUCGCGUUUGCGGAGGUCCACCGGAUGGAGCCUGGUGGUAAUAUAAAGGAGCAGGUGCAGCAGCAGCUGCAGCAGCAGCUGCAGCUGCAGCAGCAGCAGCAGCAGAGUGAGGGUGCUGAGAGCCCUGGGGGCCUCUGCAGGCUGCCUGUCUGCCCCGGCCUCUUCGCCUCCCUCGCCCUCGACAACGCGGGCCCAGGCGAAGGCAUUUCUGUCUUCUCCAAAUAUGCAGCGAAGGCUCUGCUGCGUAAGAAGGACGCCGGUUUGCUGCUGUCUCGCGUACGAGUGAUGGGGGCGGUGCUGCAGCUGGGGUUCGACGCAGCAGCAGAAGAUGUUGCUUCAGGGGCUGCAGCAGCAACAGCAGAUGCAGUAGCUGCAGCAGCACCGCGUGUGUGGCAUGCUGCUGCUGCUGCUGCAACAGUUGAAGAUGGAGACUACUUUGAAGUGUCCCUCGACGAGGAGGAGUUCGUGCUGCUGACGGAGCCUGUCGUCCUCUGGAGCGCAGAAUUUGGUCCCGAAGUAGCGGGAACUCUCCAGAGACAAAGACAAGCAGCAGCACAGAAGCUGCUGUCCCUCGAGGCCCUCCGCAGCGGCACAGCCAGUGCGCUUGCCCUUUGGUUUGAGUUUUCUAUCGGUGACUUCACUGUCUCUACACAGCCGCAGUGCAUAAGGAGCCUGAUACAGCAGCAGCAGCAGCAACAACAACAGCAACCGCAGCAGCAACAGCCUGACGGAGCCGCUGCCGUUACUGCUGCUGCUGCUGCUGCUGCUGAUGAAGAAGCAUGGGAAAUUCAUCACUACACGCAAGCAUGGAGACAGGCGAUGUUUUAUUUGAAGCCACAAAAGGUGUCAAGAGGAGAGACGGUAAACCUUCAGGUGUAUGCGGGCGACGCCUCGCUGAAGGCACGCAUUGCGCUCAGCAGCGAAGAGCAGCAGCAAGCGGCCACAGAUGUUGAGGAGUACGAACUUCGCAUGCAGCAGCAGUGGAAAGGUCUACGGGAGGCGCAGCAGAAGGCCUCUGAAGCCUGGAUGCAUCUGCUGUUCGCCCCCGUUGACAUAGCAGCAGCAGCAGCAGCAGGUGCUGCUGCUGCUGCUUCGCGACCUCAGCCAGCGCAGAUUGCUGCAGUAGCAGCAACUAUAGCCCGCUGGCCCGCUGAGCAGCGCAGCUUUUUCCUGGACCCAGCUGAAGCUGCAGGGGUCCUUCGCGCUCUCUUCUACUAA